CCUCAGGGCCCGCCCUCCGCCCCGAAACCUCCUGACUACUAACCUGUAGACCCUUUUAGUUCCUUAGCAGUAUUCACAAAUGUUUUCCUACUCACACUCUUUACUUCUUUUUCCCCUCUCGUUACUUUUCACACUUGGAUUUUUAUCUUUUUUUUUUUUUUUUUUGAGACGGAGUUUUCGCUCUUGUUACCCAGACUGGAGUGCAAUGGUGCGAUCUCGGCUCACUGCAACCUCUGCCUCCCGGAUUCAGGCGAUUCUCCUGCCUCAGCCUCCGGGAGUAGCUGGGAUUACAGGCAUGCGCCACCACACCCGGCUAAUUUUGUAUUUUUAGUAGAGACGGGGUUUCUCCAUGUUGGUCAGAUUGGUCUCAAAACUCCCGACCCCAGACCAAGAUCACUCCAUGGAUGAAAUGACAGCUGUGGUGAAGAUUGAAAAAGGAGUUGGUGGCAGUAAUGGGGGCAAUGGUAAUGGUGGUGGUGCCUUUUCACAGGCUCGAAGUAGCAGCACAGGCAGUAGCAGCAGCAGUGGAGGAGGAGGAGGGCAGGAGUCCCAGCCAUCCCCUUUGGCUCUGCUGGCAGCAACUUGCAGCAGAAUUGAGUCACCCAAUGAGAACAGCAACAACUCCCAGGGCCCGAGUCAGUCAGGGGGAACAGGUGAGCUUGACCUCACAGCCACACAACUUUCACAGGGUGCCAAUGGCUGGCAGAUCAUCUCUUCCUCCUCUGGGGCUACCCCUACCUCAAAGGAACAGAGUGGCAGCAGUACCAAUGGCAGCAAUGGCAGUGAGUCUUCCAAGAAUCGCACAGUCUCUGGUGGGCAGUAUGUUGUGGCUGCCACUCCCAACUUACAGAACCAGCAAGUUCUGACAGGACUACCUGGAGUGAUGCCUAAUAUUCAGUAUCAAGUAAUCCCACAGUUCCAGACCGUUGAUGGGCAACAGCUGCAGUUUGCUGCCACUGGGGCCCAAGUGCAGCAGGAUGGUUCUGGUCAAAUACAGAUCAUACCAGGUGCAAACCAACAGAUUAUCACAAAUCGAGGAAGUGGAGGCAACAUCAUUGCUGCUAUGCCAAACCUACUCCAGCAGGCUGUCCCCCUCCAAGGCCUGGCUAAUAACGUACUCUCAGGACAGACUCAGUAUGUGACCAAUGUACCAGUGGCCCUGAAUGGGAACAUCACCUUGCUACCUGUCAACAGCGUUUCUGCAGCUACCUUGACUCCCAGCUCUCAGGCAGUCACGAUCAGCAGCUCUGGGUCCCAGGAGAGUGGCUCACAGCCUGUCACCUCAGGGACUACCAUCAGUUCUGCCAGCUUGGUGUCAUCACAAGCCAGUUCCAGCUCCUUUUUCACCAAUGCCAAUAGCUACUCAACUACUACUACCACCAGCAACAUGGGAAUUAUGAACUUUACUACCAGUGGAUCAUCAGGGACCAACUCUCAAGGCCAGACACCCCAGAGGGUCAGUGGGCUACAGGGGUCUGAUGCUCUGAACAUCCAGCAAAACCAGACAUCUGGAGGCUCAUUGCAAGCAGGCCAGCAAAAAGAAGGAGAGCAAAACCAGCAGACACAGCAGCAACAAAUUCUUAUCCAGCCUCAGCUAGUUCAAGGGGGACAGGCCCUCCAGGCCCUCCAAGCAGCACCAUUGUCAGGGCAGACCUUUACAACUCAAGCCAUCUCCCAGGAAACCCUCCAGAAUCUCCAGCUUCAGGCUGUUCCAAACUCUGGUCCCAUCAUCAUCCGGACACCAACAGUGGGGCCCAAUGGACAGGUCAGUUGGCAGACUCUACAGCUGCAGAACCUCCAAGUUCAGAACCCACAAGCCCAGACAAUCACCUUAGCCCCAAUGCAGGGUGUUUCCUUGGGGCAGACCAGCAGCAGCAACACCACUCUCACACCCAUUGCCUCAGCUGCUUCCAUUCCUGCUGGCACAGUCACUGUGAAUGCUGCUCAACUCUCCUCCAUGCCAGGCCUCCAGACCAUUAACCUCAGUGCAUUGGGUACUUCAGGAAUCCAGGUGCACCCAAUUCAAGGCCUGCCGUUGGCUAUAGCAAAUGCCCCAGGUGAUCAUGGAGCUCAGCUUGGUCUCCACGGGGCUGGUGGUGAUGGAAUACAUGAUGACACAGCAGGUGGAGAGGAAGGAGAAAACAGCCCAGAUGCCCAACCCCAAGCCGGUCGGAGGACCCGGCGGGAAGCAUGCACCUGCCCCUACUGUAAAGACAGUGAAGGAAGGGGCUCGGGGGAUCCUGGCAAAAAGAAACAGCAUAUUUGCCACAUCCAAGGCUGUGGGAAAGUGUAUGGCAAGACCUCACACCUGCGGGCACACUUGCGCUGGCAUACAGGCGAGAGGCCAUUUAUGUGUACCUGGUCAUACUGUGGGAAACGCUUCACACGUUCGGAUGAGCUACAGAGGCACAAACGUACACACACAGGUGAGAAGAAAUUUGCCUGCCCUGAGUGUCCUAAGCGCUUCAUGAGGAGUGACCACCUGUCAAAACAUAUCAAGACCCACCAGAAUAAGAAGGGAGGCCCAGGUGUAGCUCUGAGUGUGGGCACUUUGCCCCUGGACAGUGGGGCAGGUUCAGAAGGCAGCGGCACUGCCACUCCUUCAGCCCUUAUUACCACCAAUAUGGUAGCCAUGGAGGCCAUCUGUCCAGAGGGCAUUGCCCGUCUUGCCAACAGUGGCAUCAACGUCAUGCAGGUGGCAGAUCUGCAGUCCAUUAAUAUCAGUGGCAAUGGCUUCUGAGAUCAGGCACCCGGGGCCAGAGACAUAUGGGCCAUACCCAUCAACCCCGGGAUGCAAGGUAGCAUGGGUCCAAGAGACAUGUGGGAAGAGAGAGCCAUGAAGCAUUAAAAUGCAUGGUGUUGAGAAGAAUCAGGAGAGGGAUACAAGAGAAGAGAUGGGGUCCUGGCACCCAUCUGUAUCAUCAGUGCCUCUUUGAAGGUGGGAAACAUUAGUGAAAAUUCUGUUGGUGCCACGCUUUGAUGAGCAUUUGUUUGACCCCAGUUUCUUCUUACACUUCUUACCCCAGCCUACCCUUCCUGCAUUUCUCUUCUCAGCUCUUCCAUGAUGGAUUUCCCCCCCCCCUUUCCUAAAGCCAUCAUGCCUUGAUAAAUAUAUAUGAUCAUUGAAAUACUUUUUAACAAAAAACAGAUUCUAUAUUAUUAUAUAUAUAUAUAUAUAUAUAUAAAGAUAUAUAGAGAUGCAUUCACAGGGGUUGGCUGGGAGGAGGAAGAAGACCAUUCUGUGACCAAAAUACCUUGGUCAUUUUUUUUAUAUUGCCUUAUUUCCCUAUGGCUGAGCCUUGUUGUGACACAUCAAGCUUUUCUGUAGAUGUUGUCUUGGCUUCCCACCAGAUUAAGCGUUCAUAUGCUCUGCUUUUAGUUCAUAUAUACAUAUAUAAUGUUUUUCCUUUCUUAAUUUUGUCUUUUUAUUUGGGAUCAGCUUCUUGCACUCCUUUCCUAACUCAGCUGUUGCCAUCUCAUCUUCUCUCAUCUGAUCACUUCAUGUUUUGUUUUUGUUACUGCCUGGAUGAGGCACUUCUGUCAAUUUUUUCAGGACCUUAGUUCCAGCAGCAGAAUGGAAAAAUCCUUGAAGCCCGGGCUGAUGCUUGAAGUAGCUGUGGAGGGAGUGUUCAAAAUACUACUGACGCAGGCACCUUCUUGGCGCUGGAGAGUCAAGGGCAUCUCCCUUCAUUAGCUGCUCUGAGCAUCAAGAAUUAGAAGUCUUUCGGUGGAAUUGUACAAGAGUCCCUUUGAAGAUAAUAAUCUUGGCUCAGUUUGUAUAAACUGUCAAAUUUUCAAAUAAUAGGUAGGGGGCUUUCACUAGGAAAAUCAUGUGCUCAGAAGAGGAAAUGACUCGUAGUCAGGUUCAGGAGUUAGUGGAGUAUUUGGACUUUGGUACUGCUGUCUUCCAAGGUAGCUCUAAGUUUUGAUGUGUGGGCUUCUGAGUUUAUAUUCUGAAAGGAAAUAUACUUCUUUUGAACAUCCCCACUAGGUUCUUUUCCAUUGUCAAUAAGGAGCAUCAGCCAAUGAAUCUGUUUCAGGUUUCCAUUCUGCAGAACUCCUCCAGAGCAUGUGCUAGUGGCAAGACAGUGGUUCUUAUGAUCUUUUCCCUUAACUUUUCCUUGUAUGUUCUUGGGUGGUUCCUAAGGGAAAAGGAAGCACAUGAUCAUGGGAAUGAUAGCCCAGAACAAAAAGAAAUCUUGUCUUACCACAGUGGUUUAUAGGAGAGAUUGGGAGAAAUCAUCCUGUUUUCUCUGUGACCUGAUUUCAGAAGAGACUGAUCCAAAAAUUAUAACAGCAGGGAACCUAGUGCAUUUGGCACUGAGAUUUAAAUGCAACCAGAAUUGUCCUCAAGGCCCAGUCAUAAAAGCAUUGUCUCUCUCGACCUUCUGGUAUCUUGUUAGAGAGCUUUUCACUGUGAGGAAGUGUGGGAAAAUGGCUGUGUGUGUGUGUGUGUGUGUGUGUAAUCUGUUAGGUUGGGGAUAGGUUUUCUGCCAGCCAAUAUUAAAAGAGACCUGCAAUAAAAAAAUUACCCUGAUCUGAUAGAAAGCAAGUGUUUUUGUAUGUGUGGGUGAAUGUGUGUUCAUGCCCGUAUAUGUCUACACACAGAUGACAAAUUAUAUUUGAAAUUGUUGGAAAAUAAAUUCAGAUCAAAAUGCCUUUCAGGCCCAUUACCUAGAAAUCUAUCUUAAAACCUGGGUAUGUUCCUAAGGUCAUUUCUUUGCUUAUGCUAAAUUAAUUACAAUUAUGAAUGGAGGAUAUUCUACUGUACUUUUUUAAAAAGAAACUAUUUUUGUGUUUGAAAGUGAAACCAACAUCCAGAUCUAUAGCAGAGUCCUUAUUCUCAUAAAUCUUUUUACUUUGGCUACAAAUAGAUGAUGGUAUGAUUCUAUUAUAUAUUUUAUAUAAAAUCCAUCCAAAUUAAGUUUUGGGUAAGUGUGUUGUUUAACCUGAAAUAUAGUAACUUAAUACUCUAAACAACAGUUCACUCCAUUUGGUCCUUUCUCCACAGAUGUAAUUCUGUUUUCAACUCAGGAACUAUGGCAAGGAACUUUCCCCAAAUCAAAUUCUAUUAACGCUGAGAUACAAGUCAUCCAUGCACAGCCACUAUCAUACCCUUUAUUCUCACUGAGAGGCAGAACUCAGAACCUGUUAUUUUAUGUCUAUAAUCAUGUACUUUGGCAUCUUUUGGAGGAAAGGGGCACGAUGACUCACUGGAAUGUACAGUAUUUUGCUAGUGCAUUUCAAGGAAUGGAAUCUUCUCCAGUAUGAAAUUACCAGAUAUAAACUAGUGUAAUGAUGCUGAGGAUAUAAGCUUUUAGAAGGUAAUUUGAUGGUAUUUCUCUCUCGAAUGAAAAGCUGCUGGUUUACCCUCAACCCUCUUCAUUAGCAUUACCAUGAGUGAAUUUAUAUCUAAUUAUUUCCACUUGCCCUGUUCUCUUCUCACCAAGGAAGCUCCAGAUCCAGUAUCUUGUUUGGCCUCAAAACAGAAGCAGCUUCUUUUGUCUCCCAGCAGUAGUGAGCCACUCAAUCUCUUCCACAGGAAGUUAGGAGCCUACAUUCCUUGAGUCAGGAGCUCAUUACAGAAAAACCCUGUUUCCCUGAACUUUUGGCUAACAGAAAUUAAUGUAACUGACAUGCAUAUUGAUUCUGCAAUUUUUUUCAUAAGUUUUUUUCAUUUUUUUGAAUGAGUUUUUUAAAUUUUUUAGAUGACCAAAACUUGCAGGGCAGGGGUUGCCCAGAAGAGUGGUGAGAUAGUAAAACACUUAUUCUCUCACCCUUUCAGGUUUUCAGGUUACCCAUUUAUAUUCAUUUACAUGUCAUUUGACUGUCUCACUUUUUACCCAGAACAGUAACAACCCACACCAUCUUCCUUCAGGGACUUCCCAACUGGCACUCUGUGGGUGCUACACAGAAUGCAAUUUAAUGGAUAUUUCUCAGCCUGGUUCAGAAUAAAUUGAACCUUUGAUCCCAGAAAGUAUAUACUGAAGUGUGGGAUAAAGAUUAUGAUUAGGGGAGGGUUGGAGACAAAAGCUGUAAAUUACUAUGGCUGAUUUAUUUCUACUAUAUACAUAUAUAUUUUUUGCUUUUGUAUAUCCUAUAUAGGAAACUAAGCAUUGUAUUUUUUUUAACAAAUCUAAAAAGCACUAUGAACUGCAGGUGUUUGACUUUCAAAAUAUAUUUUGUAUUGUUAAUAUCUUCACGUUGUGUGAAUACUGGAAGCUGCAGAUCUUUGCUAGGAUGCAAUAAAUUUAUAUACUUUUUGAGGGGUUCUUCUGGGGUGCUAAUCAGGCCCCUGUUAUGCUUAGGGGGAGCCCUGGUGCUACUUGCUUGAAGUUUUCAGUUGUAAGUACCCUGACGCCUUUUGGACCUUGGGAUCAGAUCAAGAGUUUUGGAGAUCAGGUACCAAGGAAAUAAGGACAGUCUAGCUGCCUCAAGUGAGGGACCCUUUGCAUAGCUCUCCUUCCCCCUCACUGAAGCUGGGUAGCCUCUUGGGGUUGAGAGGGAAAAUGUGAAAUCUCAGAAUUUAUCUCCCUUAGAAGAGAGCCAGUAACUUAUGUACAAAGAUGAAAGGUCGCAGCAGUAGCUUUGGGGAAAGGGAGGAAGAUAUGGCACUUCUCCAACCCCGGAAAACAUUGCUUUUGAAAACUGCGGAUAAAAUGAGCCGGUUAUUACUUCUGUUUUGGAGACUGUGCUCUCUGUGGUGCCUUUCUUGGCUCUACUCCACAGAUGCCAGACCUCUUCUAAGAGGAUGAGCAGACCAGCUUUGAGGUUGACCUGUUUCUCUUUGUCUGCCUUCCCAAAACACCAGCCCCCAGGAAGACAUUAAGCAGCCUUAAGCUUAAAUUCCUACUCCCUCUUCCAAAUUUGGCUCACUUGCCUUAGAUCCAAGGCAGGGAAAGGAAAAGAAGGGGGGUCCCUUGCUUUAUUACUCCCGUAAGUCUUUACUCUGACUUCCCCAAACCCAGAAAGAUUUUCUCCACAGUGUUAAUUUGAAAGAGGAGUAUUUUCUCCCAUUUUCCCCUUCCUCAUUAUCAAACAGCCCCAGUCUUCCUUGUCUCUGCUAAGAAAGUAGAGGCAUGAUGAUCUGCCCCUCAACUGCCCUAAGUCCUAGCUAAGUAUCAGUGAAGAAAAAAAAAAAAAGCCUAACAAAUGGGAUUAGACUAGGGCUGCAAGUAGUGAGGAUUUUGUUGAUACCUCUCCUGGGAUGUGUGCUUUCCCACAUCUUGCCUUCAGGAAUUACACUGUGCCUUUUCCCCAGGGAUAUGGGCUCUGUCUACCCAGUGCUCCAGUUUCCCAGUAACUGCUCUUGAACAUUGUGGACAAGGGCAGGUCUUCAUAUUUUUGAUCAUCCCUUUCUCCCAGUGAAAUCCCAUAGCCCUUACCUAGAGUCUAGGGCACAAAGACUUUGGGGAAGAUACAGUGAGAUUGACCUGAGGAGACAUCUACACACACCAGUGGCAGCUGCCCCAGGGCCUGCUUCCUCUUCCUGACUCUGUCAUCCUCUGGAAGGGAGGGGUGGUGCUCCAAUCUCUGGUGCCUAAAAACCCAAGUUUAUUUCUCUAUUAACACUGGCAAUAACCAGUCCACACCACUGUUGCCUUUUGAAACCUCUUAAUAAUCUCACGUUGUGUUUGUUUUGAUUCCAAUCCAAUUAUCACCAGGGCUGUGUGGGUAAAUGCUUUUAAAUGCUGUCUCAUCUUGCUCUUCCCCCUCACCCCCCACUCUUAGGUAUGUAUGAUGCUAAUCUUGUCCCUAAGUAAGUUUCUUCCUGCUCCUUUUGUAUCUUCCUUUCUUGUCUUUCCACCUACCUUUUGUCUCUUGGUGUUUUGGGACUUUUUUUUUUUUUUUUUUUGGCCUUUUGUACAAAGAUUAGUUUCAAUGUAGUCUGUAGCCUCCUUUGUAAACCAAUUAAAAAGUUUUUUAAUAAAAAA